GGGAAAACAUAUCAGAAAGCAUAUCAAAUCAGAAGGCAGAUAGGAAGUCCCUUCAGAUCGUUACUGUCCAUAAUCUGACAAGACUUUAGAUUAGCCACAAAAAAUUUGUCAUGAAAAUCAAAGACAGAUACAUGGAAGAUGGAAAUGUGAGUGAUAUGAACUCUUGCAAUAUUUCAGACAAGCCUGGGCUUUCCUCAGCUGCUACCACAACCUUUCAGAUCAGUGAGCCUCGAAGCCAAAGAAAGCCAUCCGCACGCUGUCCUCUGGCAGCCCUUGGAGUCUACCUGCUGCUGCUGACGGCUGCCCAGGGGCUGCUGAUGUACAAAGUGAUCAAAAUGCAGAGAGAGAUAUUGCAACUUCAAGAGCAAAACACCACCUAUAGAGAGGAGAUUCUGCAGAGUUCCUUUGCCAGCAAACUGAGCAUGGGUCAUGAAGAAAACUGGCGGAAAAGCUUAGAAGAGGAAAUCACCAUUAUUAAAAGCAGUAAUGCAAAUCUGAUGAUGAUGAUGAACAACAUCACCUUGGUUGCAGGGCCUCCUGGACGCAAAGGAGAACCUGGUCCACAGGGCAUCCAAGGACAGAAAGGCGAAAUGGGCAAGAAGGGUGACCCUGGACCCCGUGGACUCAUGGGUCCUCAGGGACCACAAGGAGUCCCUGGACUGCCAGGUUUCAACGGUAGCGUGGGGGAGCCUGGACGUCCUGGACAAAAAGGAGAGACAGGUGAAAUUGGACAACGUGGACCUGUGGGAAUUCCUGGCCCUGAAGGCAGAGCUGGUCAGAAAGGGGAGAAGGGGGACCAAGGGCCUAUUGGUAGUCCAGGAGAGCCAGGCACUGCAGGACUCAGAGGUGAAAAGGGAGACAGAGGAGAAACAGGUCCUCCAGGGCAAAAGGGAACAAAGGGAGCCCAGGGCCCAGAAGGAAUCCCAGGCCAAGCUGGUGAAAAAGGAAGCAAGGGUGAUUACGGCAUUCGGGGACCAAAAGGAGAACCAGGAGCAAAGGGAGCCAAAGGAGACCAUGGGUCCACUGGUUCCCCAGGAGCAAAAGGAAGCAAAGGUGAAAAGGGAGAAGUAGGGUACAGUGGUAUUAUCCGAAUUGCGGAAGGGGGCAGAAGAGGCCGCGUGGAAAUCUUUCACCAGGGGUCCUGGGGAACAAUAUGUGAUGAUGGCUGGAGCAUCCAAGACGCCAACGUGGUCUGCCGAAUGCUGGGAUACAGCUAUGCGACCUCUGCCUUCACAGCUUCAGCAGGUAGUGGACAAAUUUGGCUUGAUGAUGUGAAUUGCAGUGGGCAUGAAUAUUCCAUUACCGAGUGUUCAAAGCCUGACUGGGGUGUGAACAACUGCUCCCACAGUGAAGAUGCUGGGGUGGAGUGCAAUUGAUGGGACACAAAGGCUGCCCUUGGAGCUGCUGCCUGCUUCUACUCUCUGUGGUGCUCUUCUUUGUAAUGCAACCCCAAUUUCAUAAGGCUGUGCUUGUAGUCUCAUCACCAGGUCAUAAAAAUAUUGACAAAAGAAAGUUGAAUUUCCCA